CCCAGAGCCAGCCGCCAUUUUGUUUGCCCCGCGGACUAUGAGGCCGAGUCUUUAUGCCGUAGUGCUGGUGGGGGCACUGCUGCAGCGAGCAGGCGGCGGCCGCGGGGUCCUGUCCCCGUGGAGCUCCGCCAGCACAUGUGGAGAAAGGGUACUGGUGGAUAUGAUAUCAGGACCUCGGAUUGUAGGUGGACAUGAUGCACAGCUUGGAGCAUGGCCGUGGCAAGUUAGUCUCCAAGUUUACCAAAAUGGUGUAGGAUUUAAACAUCUGUGCGGUGGAUCUUUAAUUAAUGAGUAUUCAGUGCUGACAGCAGCACAUUGUGUUAGACGACAAAUAGACCCAUACUACUGGAGAGUUAUGAUUGGCCUUCAUGAUACGUCCAGACCUGAGAGACAUACUGUGAAGAGAAGAGUUAGAGAUAUUUUUGUCCAUUCACAAUUCCAGAUGGAGACAUUUGAAAAUGAUAUUGCAUUAUUUAAGCUAUAUAAAUCUGUAAGAUACAAUGACUAUAUUCAGCCCAUCUGCUUGCCCGCUACUCACUUUAAUCUAAACAUCAACAACCAAAGUACGUGCUUCCUAAGUGGUUGGGGAAGUAUUUCAGAGAAAGGACAAGGCUCACCUAUAUUACAGGAAGCUCAGGUUGACAUUAUUCCUUCUAAUAUUUGUAAUGGUUUUGAAUGGUAUGCAGGGAUGGUUAAUAACAACAUGUUUUGUGCUGGCUUUGAGUCUGGAGGUGUCGAUAGUUGUCAGGGAGAUAGCGGUGGACCGUUAGCUUGCUAUAACCAAGACACCAGCAAAUAUUAUCUAAUAGGGAUUACCAGUUUUGGAUUUGGAUGUGGCCGACCCAAACUUCCUGGGAUCUAUGUACGCGUGUCUCGAUACAGAAGAUGGAUAAAUUCUCAUCUUUUGCUGGCUAGCAAAGCCACCAGGACCCUGAGCAUUACGCUGUCUCUGAUUCUCUUGACUGUGGGGUGGACAGCACACUAUGAUUUAGUUGUACUAGAGACUUCAGGUGGCCUCUCUGAGAUUGCCACUUGAACUCUGCAUGAAUAGGUGGCACUCAUGGUUUCUUUGAGUAAGUAUCCUUAAUGAAUGUGUGUGAAUACCACUUGUUUAGUAAAAGGCAUGGUUUUUUUCUUUUAUCUAGCCAUCCCACCUAUGUACACAGUCUAUAAUAAAGCAUUUUUAUGAAAUAAUCAUAAGCAUAAUAGAGAAAGAUAUUAUACAAUUGCAUUAGUAUAUUUUGUGGAGCUUGAACUUUACAAGCAUGAUGAAAACCAGCCUGUUUUAUAGAAUGUUGUUAUAAAGGUUAUGUUGUUCAUUAAAUAAAGGCUCACUUAAGAAAAUGUGCAUUAUAGUAAUUGGCUGGCACAGCAUAGUGAUCCCUUGUUUGUUAAAGAGAUGAUCUAUGAUUUAAGGAAAUUACAAUGUCUAUUCUAUUCUGUUCUAGAUUUAAAGAGACAUUGUCAUGUAUGUUCAACAUUGUCUUUAAUAUAAAAUGUAUU